AACGAGACAGAUCAGCCGCGGUGGCAUUAAAGUAUUUUUCCUAGAGCGAAGCUCGUUGUUUAAUUACGUGUGCUCCGAUUCGCUGAUGUUUUAUGCACAAAUCAGGCGAUUAAGAUUGUCAAAAACGUUUAUAAUUAAGGCCCCUCUUAAAGGGUAGUGCAUCCUAUUGUAAUACGUCACGAGAAUACUUCAUUAUUUUAAGUAUUCUCCAACAAGUAAAAAGAUGUUUUACUACGUGUUCCAACUUUUCAUACUGGGUAAUGUUUUAAUCUACGAUGUAUCGGGACAUGGAAGACUGAUCGAACCUCCGUCUAGAGCCUCCAUGUGGAGAUACGGAUUUGACAAUCCACCUGAUUACGACGAUGACCAGGGGUAUUGUGGCGGUUAUGGCAUACAAUGGGGCGUGAACAACGGAAAAUGCGGAGUGUGUGGAGAUGCGUGGAAUUUACAAGAGCCUCGACCACAUGAAACGGGUGGUAAAUACGGUAAUGGGAUAAUAGUGAAGAAAUAUCGCGCCGGUUCUAUCGUCCCGAUAAAAGUACAAAUAACGGCGUUUCACAAAGGAUACUUUGAGUUUCGGGUGUGUCCGGUGAAACAACGCGGUGUCGAAGUGACGGCCGAAUGUCUGAAUCAAAAUAUUCUGAUUGGGGCAGACGGGAAGUCCAGGUAUUACCCGCAAUCUGGACCAGGCCUUGUUGAGGUCAACUACAGACUACCUGCUCGCAUGACCUGUGAGCAGUGCGUACUCCAAUGGAGAUACGUAGCCGGAAAUAACUGGGGCGAUUGUGGCGAUGGAACAGGGGCUCUCGGCUGUGGUCCGCAGGAAGAAUUUAGGGCUUGUGCGGACAUUUCAAUUAGUAACUAAUAAUCAAUCUUCACUUUUCCCUCAAUUUAUAUCUGCGAGGCCAACUGAGAUUUCUGCUACCAAAGAACAUUCAGCAUCUUAUAAUAAGUUACCUUUACUUGAAAACAUCAUAAUAUCGACGGGAAUUUUAGGCGAUGGAUGUUUCCUCACUUGGUGCAUGAUUUUUAGUUUAUCAGAUAUCAUUAAAAAGUGUAAAAAACUGACAGGCACGAACCUGUGAAUAUAAUAAAUAUUUAUAUGCAUAGAGUAGCAAAACUGUUAGACAUAGCCACAUGGUUUCGUGGAUUUUGAUCGACGCCACCAUGUGUAAACAAGUUCCGUCAAUUAUAAUUUUUAUCUUAUUCUCACGCUAUGAUGAUUGUAAUCACUGAAAUAUUAAGAAUAUAAUAUCAACACUUCAAGGGACAGAUUCUUGACGAGAAGGU